UGCUUUUCAAACACCUCCCCCUAUGAUCAAUUUAAUGAUCCUGCUGCUACCUUCUGUGUCUCAAAAACAUGCAACCUUUUCAAAUGAAGCAGCUUGCAGCCCCAGAAUACAAAGGCAGGGGCAUAAUCAAACCACAUAAAAAGGGCGGCAUAGAGGAGGUCCAGAGGGAUCAGUCAUACACCAUUUGUAGCCGCCAAUACACCCCUUAUGGACUCCAUCUUCCUGCUUGAUGAAAGCGGCCGCGCCAACUUCUUCAGCUUGAUAAUGCAGUCUAUUGGCUCUACUUACAUAUGCCUCUGGCAAUAUGCUCGCCCCACCAACUGUUUAUACAUCAAGGAUGGAUUCUUUUACGAAGAGAACACCCAACCAAGCUCUUCUUCUGGGAGUCUGGCUAGGAGAUUUUUUGAUGAGUACCUGCUAUCUGUUUUUCCGGUGGAAAAUGAAUUCGUUCCAGGACUCGCUUUCAAGAAUAGUCAUCCCUAUAUAGAGUUGCCAGAAUUGAAUCUUCAAAGACUGGCAAGGACUGAAGUUCAGCGACAAUUCUAUCAGGAAGCGAGGAUUAAGACUGCAAUUUUUAUGGGGUGCAAGAGUGGAGAGAUUGAGAUAGGUUUGUCCAAUGUGUCGUCUCAGCUCGACAUUGAAAAGGAAAUGAGGAGCUGGUUUCCUGAAGAUUUCUCUCAGCAAUUUUCCCCAUUUAGAGAGGCCCUUUUGAGACAGGAACAAAACCCACUAUCAUCAUCUUCAUCUUCCUUGAGAUCACUUUCCAUGGAUAGCCCUGACUCCUCAUCCCUUCUCUUCAACAUUCCAACCACUUCCCACUUUCCAGAAACCCUCGGAGAGAUUAAUCCUCUACUGCAUCAAGUACUCCCAUUAACAACAACAACAACAACAACAACAAGUCCACACCAACAAGCAAUGCAGGCGUUUGCAAGAAGUCGAAACAUUCAAUUCCCAGCUCCAGAGACUGAAAAUGCUGCAAUGGCAAGAGCCAUCCUCGCCGUUCUAUCUUCAACUUCUUCAGCUUCUUCUUCAUCAUCGCAUCAACCCCACCAAAAUUUACCUUACAGCCAUCGGGUAAAUUCAAAGGCUGGUGCAUUCAAGAGCUACACUUCAGCUUUAGGACCAAGAACCCAGAUGGGAGCCAAUGUUUGCAACCAAAGCAUGCUGAAGAGAUCAUUUGCUUUCUUUAGAGACUUAAAUUUUUUGAGACUCCAUGAACGUAUGCAAGCCACGCGCCCCACCUCCACUCAGCUUCACCAUAUGAUCUCAGAGCGCAAAAGGCGUGAGAAACUCAAUGAAAGCUUUCAGGCAUUGAGAUCACUACUUCCUCCAGGAACAAAGAGAGACAAAGCAUCGCUGCUGACCACAACAAAGGAGUAUUUGAGUUCUUUGAAAGCUCAAAACGAAGAGCUUACUCGAAGAAACCAGCAAUUGGAGGCGCAGCAAUUGGCUGCAAAAGAAGCUGAUCAUCAUGAAGAGGAAACCAGCUCCUCAAGUGAUCAAAGUCCCAUGGUUCGGAUUUCACACGUCCCAGAAUCAACAUCAGAAGAGAGAACAGUUAAUUUGCAAGUGAUUAUAAGAGGAGAAUGCCAAAUGGUUGAUAUGGUGAUUCGCAUUUUGGAAUUCCUGAAGCAGGUUGAGAAUGUAAGCUUGGUGUCCAUGGAGACCACAACCCGGAUAUUAGAAUCAACCUCCACUAAUCGCAUAACCAUGAGAUUGAGAAUCGAGGGAAAUGAAUGGGACGAGUCUGCCUUCCAGGAAGCAGUGAGAAGGGUUGUUGGAGACUUUGUACAAUCAUGACAAUUCGACUAAUAUGGCCGCCGGAUUUAUUCUGUUGCGGCUUCCGGUCGUUAUCAAUGGUUGCUUUUCCUCUUUCUCAGUCAAUCUCAGCCAUCAAUUUCGGGUUCAUAAAAUAAUAUUAGAUUUCGUGAUUAGUGCAUCAGUAGCACACAGUUUUGAGAGCCAACCCCUAUAUCUAAGCAUUUAAUG